UAUAUAUAUAUAUAUAUAUAUAUAUAUAUAUAUAUAUGUUUUCAGACUGUAACACAUAACCCUGGACUUUGUCCUUCUACAAUCUGUUCAAAUUGCUGUCUGGAGAUUGAUUGUAUGUUUUUAAAGGUACAGGGCACCAAAUCUGUAAUUGCGACAGUAUAUGAAGACAUACUAAGAUGCUAAGAACAUUGUGCAUGGUGAGGUGUGUUUUGCUUCUUUAAAAUAGGCUAAAGAUAUUCAGUGGGCAUGCGCAUUGAUGUGAUAGCAGUGUAAUUGUAUUGUACCUAAAAACAUAGCUAUAAAAGUUGCACCUGGAAGAGACGGUCAACACAAAUAUAUUAUUUCAUAUUACGGUUAUAGUACUUUAUUUGUGUAAAUAGAUUUAUAGUAUUUUUUUUUUUUUUUUUUUUUUUUUACUGAAAAGGUUGUUAAUGUUGUGGUUUUCACAUAAACUUGUUUAAGGUGGUGCAAAUAUAUUCAUACCAAAUAUAAUUUAUUUAGACAACGUUUGUUUCCAGUUUAAAUGCUCGUCUCAUUUGUUUUUUUGUGUAGCUGCUUUGUAGUGUUUCCCCCUAUCUGUUCAGCUUCCUUAGUAUGUAUCUAUCACAUUACAAAUAUAAAAAUGGUUUAACCUAGCGUUUCGCUUCGGAUUUAAUUGUUUUAAACAAAAUAACUAAGAAAAAUGGUUUAUUUUUUUGUUCGCUGAAAACAAUGGAGCUAAAGGGGUCCUAUCUUAUGAGUCAUAUUAAAGACGCUGACUUGGCACUGCCUGAAAAAUAAAAACUAGCUAAAUGAAAAAAACAGAGCAGUUUAAGUAAAUAUUAAUAACACAAUCUGAAUUAAAUUGUAUUAAUAUGUAAUCAACUAAGUAGUUGUUUUUUUAGGACGGUACAAUAGAAUACAAUGGUGUGGCAGGCGUCGAAUAAGAGAGCUUCUUCGGCGUGUUUCAUCCACCGGCCGGUAUCUAUUGCGAAAGAAAUCCUUAGAAAUCAGCGCCGCCUCAGAAGAAGGAGCAAAGGCGGGUUUCGAACAGAUAAUUGCCCUCUUCGCUUGGCCUUCAUAUCCGAAAUGAGCCUCGGGUGCUCGGGCGUCUCCUUUUGAGUCCAGUCGGUUUUUUUUCUUCCCUGAACAAGCAGGGCCCGCUGCUUGUCCUCACUGAUCUAUGGCGACGUGAGCCUGCCGGUUUCCUCAGGGUCUCCCCGAGUCUGCCUAUCCCUUCCCCGAGUGCUUACCUCCUGCACUCGAACCCUGGCUUUUCUCUUUGUCCACCCUCUCCUUCCCUUUCCCUGGCAGUGACGGAUCUUAUCCCGAUUCCUGAGUAUUGGCUAACACAGUCGGGCCCUAGUCGCUCUCCAUGUUGAUACGGCACUUACACACAGGCUGCAGUUCUUUGUCUCGUAAGCCAAGCCAGCCGUAACAGCAGCAGCAGCUCGCCUGCAAAAGACAGGAUCCACACUUGACAAAAGAACAUGGAAUGCCACCUCUAGCCUUGGGUUGAAUAUUAACAAAAACAAUCAUUUUCUUGUGAUUGACCCUCCCCCAACCUUCAUUUCGUAUGUGUGCACACAGUGCGAAUAGAAAGUGCAUCACACGGGACCACAACCAGCACAAUGUCGGAGGACAAGAAUGCGGAGAAGUUAGUUAAGGAUACCUCCAUCCUAGAGGAAUACAAUAUCAACUGGACCCAGAAGCUGGGUGCUGGAAUCAGUGGUCCUGUGAGAGUGUGUGUGAAGAAGUCGACGCAAGAGCGCUUCGCACUGAAGAUCCUUAUCGACCGUCCGAAAGCCCGGAAUGAGGUUCGACUCCAUAUGAUGUGUGUAGGUCACCCCAACAUCGUUCAGAUUAUAGAAGUCUAUGCUAACAGUGUACAGUUCCCACAUGAAUCCAGUCCCAGGGCACGGCUGCUGAUUGUCAUGGAGAUGAUGGAGGGAGGUGAGCUCUUCCACAGAAUCAGCCAGCACCGGCACUUCACUGAGAAAAUGGCCAGCCAAGUAACAAAGCAGAUCGCUCAGGCUCUCCAGCACUGUCACUCCCUGAACAUCGCUCACAGAGAUCUGAAGCCAGAGAACCUGCUCUUCAAAGACAACUCACUGGACGCCCCUGUUAAGCUCUGUGAUUUUGGAUUUGCCAAAAUUGACCAAGGUGACUUGAUGACUCCCCAGUUCACUCCUUAUUAUGUAGCACCUCAGGUACUGGAAGCUCAGAGGAGACACCAGAAAGAGAAAUCUGGAAUAAUACCUACCUCACCAACUCCUUACACAUACAACAAGAGCUGUGACUUGUGGUCGCUGGGUGUGAUCAUCUACGUAAUGCUGUGCGGAUACCCACCGUUCUACUCCAAGCACCACAGCCGCACCAUCCCCAAGGACAUGCGCAAGAAGAUCAUGACCGGGAGCUUUGAAUUCCCCGAGGACGAGUGGAGCCAGAUCUCUGAGAUGGCCAAGGACAUUGUGAGAAAGCUGCUGAAAGUGAAGCCAGAGGAGAGGCUCACUAUUGAGGGGGUGCUGGAUCACCCUUGGCUUAACUGCACAGAGGCCCUGGACAAUGUGCUGCCUUCCGCACAGAUGAUGAUGGACAAGGCAGUAGUUGCUGGUAUUCAGCAAGCCCACGCGGAACAGCUCGCUAACAUGAGGAUCCAGGAUUUGAACGUCAGCCUCAAGCCCCUCAACUCUGUCAAUAACCCCAUUCUAAGGAAACGAAAACUACUGGGCACGAAACCCAAGAGUGGGUUUUUCUUCCACGACCCAGAGAAUGGGACGGAAGACUCGAACGUAGCUUUGGAGAAGCUGCGAGAUGUGAUUGCACAGUGCAUCCUUCCCCAGGCUGGAGAGAAUGAGGAUGAGAAGCUGAACGAGGUUGUGCACGAGGCGUGGAGGUACAACAAGGACUGCAAGCUGUUGAGGGAUGCACUGCAGAGCCUCAGCUGGAACGGGCGUGCCUUCUCAGACAAAGUGGAUCGCUUGAAACUGGCAGAAAUAGUUAAACAAGUCAUUGAAGAAAAAACAACCUUGCAGGACUCUCAGUAGCAAGUGCUGUACUUAUUAUUUUAUUUUUUUAUUUUUUAUGGUUUAUGAUAACUGUUCUUAAAUAACUGUAAAUAGUCAUUUUUAUGUAAAUGAAGUACAGGACUUAAUGAUGCAUUUCUCAUGAAUUUGCACGCAAUUGCUGUGCAGCUGUAGAUUAAAAAAAAAAGAUUUGUUGAUACUGUAAUAUUUUUAAAUACAGCUGAGUACAUUGCAAAAGAAAAAGCAUAUAAUUUCAUUUGCAGAAAAGAAAACUAAAUUCUAGACCCUUUGGCAUGGAUGCUGUAACUUCUUACAGUCUGUAGUUGAAGCAGUCUGCUCUAGUGCUGCUUUUUUAUGUUAAAAAAGCUCAGUUUUUUAAAAUGAUGAUUAUUUAAAAGGUUCAGUACUUUGAGAAUAUCAUUUCCAGCCUUACCCCUUAAUAAAAAGGAGAAUGUCAGGUUCCCACCUCCACAUUUUGGGUCCUUCAUUCUAAGUUUAUUUCUGCGGCAAAGCAAAACAAAUCACCCAGAACAGUGAAACCUCUCUACUAGGCCUGCCAACUGGACUGAGUGAUGGUCUUAAUAGAGAUCUGGUGUUACUAGGGGUCAUCUUCUCUCCAAAUUCAAAUGUGGUGCUUGUAUCAAGCUGUUAAUGGUAACGGGCAUUAACAGUUAGGUUCAGAAUUAAGUGAAAACCGUAACUUAUUUGUUUUUAUUACUUCUGAAACACAUGUUUGUGCUAAAGCAAAACUAAAGCGCUCAACCAAUCACCAGGACUUAGAAUGCCCAUAAGUGGUUCUAAAUAUAUUUCUAUAAUUUGUAUGAGAUUAUUUUAUGGUCUGUGUACCUGUACCUUUUUUAUAUUCUUCUCAAUGAAGACGAUAUGUAUGUGUCUAUAUUUUGCGUUUUUAACUAGGUAGGGUAGUAGCUAUGACACUGCUAAAAAAACAACAGAUCUAAGAAUGAACUUGGAAUGAAGAACUACAAAGCUUGAAUGAGUCCUUAAAGAGCUACAAGUUUGACAUACUGGCAUGUUGAUGUUGUCUCAUGUCAUAUAGCUGGUGUUAGUUAUUCAUCAUUUUGUGGCCACAUGUAUUCUCUUAUAUAUUCUACUACACUUCUCCUGUGCAGAGAGGGAAUGCAUUUGGAACUCUCAUCAAGUAGCAGGCUGGAACAGGAAUUCUCUCUCGCUUCCUGCAGAUUUGUUUCCAGGUUCCUUCAGGGUUAAAUUGGAAACAAAGCAUUGUGUAAAAAGAAUAAUACACAGAUGUUGAAAGAAAUGCAUGAAAGCAUUUGGACAUGCUGCGUUAUCUUCAAUGGGCCUGUGCCAGGCACCCAUACUUAAAAUGUGAAGUUUUGAAUUGAAAUGUUGAAUAUUUAUUGAUGAAACAGAACAUUUCAUCCUAGAAUCAGUGGUACUGUAGUUUAGAUUCAGAAUUACAUGCAAACCCUUAACAAUGAAAACGGUUAAGGUUUUGUGCAGGUAAACUGCUUUGUCCAGGGGGGGGGGGGGGGGGGGUUAAUCGCUCUUUAAACCAUCCAGUGUAGAAUUCGUCUUGUCUGUGAAACUCAGCAAAAUAGGAGCCUGCUGUUAAUACCAGUCUUCUGGUGCUGUUUGAGUCACGUGUUUUUUUUCUUUCCAGACAGACUGUACAGGCACAUUUCUCUUCUGUGUGCUGGUGUUGAUGAACUGUGUGAGAAAACCGAUCUCGUCACAAACAACUAGCCUAGCUGUGCAAGGGUUCACCUGUUUCAGCGGCGUAUUAACUCUGGUCACAGCCGUCCAUCUCGUGCAGUUUCAGGGAAGUGAUGAGCAAGUUAUUACCGUCAGCGUUGGUAUGAGAAUUAAAAACAGACAUGCCCAUGAUCUUGGAGCACCUCAUGGUCCGUGUCAUUCAAGCAAGUUAAUAUUUAUGCGUGGUGGACCGAAUACAGUGACACUCAUUUGGUGUUCUUAAAUUGAGACUGUCAAACAUGGUUUAGUUUGUGACAGAAUUGGGAGCUGAAAAACAAACAAGCCAAAAUGUGUUUUUAUGCAGCAGAGGUGCUCAGUUUUAAAAACACAGGUAACUGUGAUUGUUCUGCCUGUAACCAGUUGUAUUACAUUUCCCCCCACUAAGAAUCCUCUCACAUCGUGUUGAUACAGUAGGGGCUGGUUGGAACAAAGGGCUGGUUGUCACAGUGAUUGCGAGUGUAAAGAAUCAAGUGAAUUGACCAGGCAAAAGAGCUAAGGUCAGCAUCACGCGUGCCUGUCUAUUGCGUUGGCCUGAAGUCAGUCAAAACGGCCUGCUUAAAAGACACAAUAGAGGCCUGUUCUCAUCAUUAAACUGGAACAGUUCCGCUAAUGCAUUUCAGCUUUAAAGUGUGGACUCUUAUUAAGGGCUAGGUGCUUCAACUCCACUAACUGGGUGUCUUUUCAAACAUUGGAACCAAUCUUGCUUCCUCUUUAAAACUGUCAGGUGCUGAAUUCAAAGAGGAAAUAAAACACACUGCUGCAACAGUAUUUUUCAAUAAGUGGAGCACAAAAAAAUCACUUUCUCUUUAAGAGAGAAACGCAAUUCCCUUUAAGAUUGCAAUACACAAUGUAAAAAAAAAAAAAUUCAAAUGCCUUUUCAAGUUCAAGUAGUGGGGUUUCAGAACAAAUCUAGCAUUCCACGUCCCCAUGUGUUGCUACAACUGUUUAAGUAACGUACCUGUAAUUUUUCUUUUCAUUAAUAUCCUGACAACUUU